AUGAAGGAAUCAGUGAUAAUUAGCAAUGCUGCAGCUCGUGAUGUAUUUUGGAGCUGGGUUAUGAGUCAAUUGAGCAAUGAAGUGACACCAGAUGCUGUCACAGCAGCUGACGUGCGGGGAGUUUUCAAGCUGCAGAUGAUGAACAAGCAACGGGCUGGUGUUUUAGAGUCGCCACACAGACAUUGGGAACACAAGAACACUGCAAGUGGCCAAAAUUCUUUCAAGGCGAUCUCUUCCAGUUUCGUAGAACCGAUGGUCGCGCCAUUGAAUUCAAUCAAUGACACCGAAUUUCAACCAGGUUACAGUCAAAAUACCGUCCCGAUACAAUUCUCGAAACGUAGGCUGAGGGAAUAUAAAUCCGGUAACUAA